GAAGCCCAAAAAUGAAUUAGGGUUUUUGCCUUAUAACCAGUUAUCAUUUCCAAGCUAUCAAUAUAUUUUCUUUUUAGGGUUUCUGCAACCACAGCGGCGAUUUCCCAGCGGUACCAGCAACAACUUCAUCAUCAACCAUGGUUCUCAAGACUGAGCUUUGCCGAUUCAGCGGCGCCAAGAUAUAUCCAGGUAGGGGUAUCAGAUUUGUGCGUGGAGAUUCACAGGUUUUCCUCUUUGUUAACUCCAAAUGUAAGAGGUAUUUCCACAACCGUCUCAAGCCAGCAAAGCUUUGCUGGACUGCUGUGUACCGAAAGCAGCACAAGAAGGAUAUUUCUGCUGAAGCUGUGAAGAAGAGGAGAAGAGCCACCAAGAAGCCUUACUCAAGGUCUAUUGUUGGUGCUACUUUGGAAGUCAUCCAGAAGAAGAGAAGCGAGAAGCCCGAAGUUAGAGAUGCUGCCAGAGAGGCUGCUCUUCGUGAAAUCAAGGAAAGGAUCAAGAAAACUAAAGAUGAAAAGAGGGCAAAGAAAGCCGAGGUGGUAAAGUCCCAGAAGGUCUCAGGAAAGGGUGCAUCCAAGGGUGCUGGACCUAAAGGCCCCAAGCUUGGAGGUGGAGGUGGAAAGCGAUAAACAAUUCAUCUUACCUAGUGUUAGCUUUGGGUUGAGUUUGAGAACAGUGCAAUUUUGAGUUGUUUUAAUAUGUUUGGCAGUAGACGUUUAUUAAUCGCUACAGAUGUCUAUGUUAUCUCCAGAUUUUUUCCGGUUAUGAAAGAUUUAUAUUCUACUUUGUUAUCUGAGCGAUGUCAAGGUGUUCCCUAAUAUGAAUAGUUUUACUUUUCCUUUCAAAUGUUUUCAUGUUCCCUCAUGAGGAACUUGCCUCAGUAUUGCCCUUUUGCUUGCUGAGGUGCUUGUUAGUUAGUCGCAAGGUUACUUGAAGUUCAUGGUGUAAGCACAAAACUUAUUAUGUUGAAUCUCAACUAAUACGGAUAAUUGGCAAUUGCUGCGAAA